AUUUCUGACUUACGUCAGUGGGUGUUUCGGACGGCGGCCAUUAUUCUACGUAUAAUUAUUAAUUUUUUUGCUGUUUUGUGCUAGAAACAAAGAACAUAACUAUUUUCGACAUAUUCUAUAAUAUUAUAGUUUUGGAAAAAAUACAUUUAUAGUACAAAAUGAAUCCAGAAUACGACUAUUUGUUCAAACUACUCCUGAUUGGUGACUCUGGUGUUGGCAAGUCAUGUCUGCUGCUCCGGUUCGCCGACGACACUUACACAGAGAGCUACAUCAGUACUAUUGGUGUGGACUUUAAAAUUAGGACUGUAGACUUAGAUGGCAAGACAAUAAAGUUACAAAUAUGGGACACAGCUGGACAGGAGCGGUUUAGAACAAUCACUUCAUCAUACUACAGAGGAGCGCACGGAAUUAUCAUUGUUUAUGAUUGCACAGACCAGGAUUCAUUCAGCAACGUGAAGCAAUGGCUGGAGGAGAUCGACCGUUACGCGUGCGACAACGUCAACAAGCUACUAGUGGGCAACAAGUGCGAUCUGUCCACUAAGAAGGUCGUGGACUACACCACAGCCAACCAAUACGCAGAACAGCUGGGCAUCCCAUUCCUGGAGACAUCAGCGAAGAACUCAACGAACGUGGAGCAAGCGUUCAUGACGAUGGCGGCCGAGAUCAAGACCCGCGUGGGUCCGCCGUCCACCGGCGCCGCGCCCGUGGGCGGGCAGGUCAAGAUCGACCAGGGACACCCCAUCGAUACCGGCAAGUCUUCUUGCUGCUGAAUGCGUCGCCAAGGCUGGCGGCGAGACGUACGGAAGCGAGAGUCGCGGCCGCGCCGCCGCCCUACACACAAGAAAUGCAAUUACCACAAAACGUUUCAUGAUCGCAUCAUUAUAAUUAUAUAAUUAUAAAUAAAUACUAUAUAGAGCCGCGGCGCCACACCGCCGCGCGUCCUAAGCUAACUUUCUGUUAAGUUGCUAUUGUCCGAUAUCUUGUUAGUUCAAGCAAACAGGUAAAAUGGAAGGGUGUAUGUUUAUACAUGUUUAUAUAUAAUGAAUAUUGUAGGUUAAUUUUGUGCUGUUUCCAGAAUAAGAAUUUCGAUGCAGGUUACAAUAACAGAGAGCCACUGUAGAUCGUAUGCGAGGGAAAUUAACAAGAUUUUUAUGGUUAUUAUUAUUAUAUAAACGUUUUAUUUGAAAGCUUAGUAUGUAUCGUAAGUUGUGGCAUCGUGCACUACGUCACUGGGGUCGGUGGCACCACCAGUGUGCCGACGUUUAUUUGGCUUUGUUAAUAGUGUUGUCACCUAGCUUAAGAUAAUUUAAGGUCGACUUUAAAUUCGUAGGUGUAAUGUGAGGUGGUUGGUGCUCCGGCACUUCGCUUGCUCUGUGUCCGAUGCUUGCGUGGCGUAGUGACCGAUCGUACAUAAGUUUUAACUCUCAAGCUGUCCAUUACCAAGUGUAGGCUAAUUUCCGUUCGAUUCCAGCUUGUGUUAAAAUUUAAUUUCUCAUCACUUGAGGUACUAAUAAUAAACCUUAUUGUAUGCACUGGGUGUUUAUAUUAUUCAUUCUGUAUAGCGUAUGGCUGAUGUUGUAUGGGGGCUCUCAAUGAAGUGAUAACGUAAUGUUUUGUAUUACUAACUACGCCACGAAUGAAGUUGAUGAUUCUAAAGGGGACCAUUUUUGUUAUUGCGAUGACCGCAAUAUUUGAUGCAUUUGUCGCUAUCAUAUUGUUGCAUUCACUACAGUACCACAGUGCAAUCUGAACAAGUUUAUUAUUGUGUUGGCGAAUUACUAUUAUCUACGUAUACUGAUUAGAAUGUCAUCGAUCCCCCAUACAAUAUCAGCGUAUAGACCACAUUGUAUUUAUUAUAAUAAAGCGUACUGGGGUUACGCUAUAUUGAACAUUUUGUGUUGAUAAAGAUAUUUAAUUGGAUCGCAAAUUCUAACACAAAAUUGUAGAUAUAGCAUAUUGGCCUUAGAUAAUUAGACAGAUAUAGUAAACUUGUAGCCAUCGAAGCGGGAUCAUAGUAUUAAUUAAAAGACAUAUUCAUAUUAUCACUGUCACAGCAAUAUUGUGAUAAUUUUAAAUUUUUACUAACAUCAAAUGUUUCAACUAUUAGAAUAAUUUCACUCGUAAUAUAUUCGUCCUAUUUUUCACAUAAAUUGUUAAGCGGAUUAUGUAAAAGGUGAUAUAAACAAUUUUAGCUAAUAUAUGAAACAUUUGACUAUAACAUUGAAUGCUAUAAAUUAUUUGAUUCUAUUGUCGAUCUAUUACUUCGUUCGUCGUUAUUUUUGUACUAUUAUGUCAGAGUUAAGUUUACUUAAAUCAAGACCGCUAACCCCCUAUAAUUCUGUAUUGAGGGUUUCUUAGAAAUUAAAACAGUAUGCUAUA